AUGAAUAAAAUGAAUGCAUUUAUCCUUCUUCUCUUGUUACAGGCAUUUAUGAUCUCUGCCCAACAAUUAAAGUUCAAGCUUCAUACUGUUAGACUUCCCCCAGCUGUAGCAUGGUUCAAAUGCGCCGAAUCUCCACAGAUGAUCAUAGGCUAUGGAUUCUAUGCUCAGGUUACCGAUUUAACGACUUAUAUUGUACAAUCAGAAUGUGGAGAAAUCGGUCCAGGAACAGCAGUUGUCUGUAAGAGACAAUUCCCAAUUAUCAAGAGCGGAAUGUGGUGUUUAGCUAUAUUUAACCCAUUUCUCAAUGCCCAAAAGGUUAACAUCGUUGUUUCGUUUACUCAAAGUGUAUUUGUAGAAGGUACUUAUAGAGUGGACCCUAACCUAAAUAAUACCCCAGUGCCAAAUAAUCUUUCGUUUAUCGAAGCUUCUUACAACAACAAAAAGAGAAAUUUGGGGCGUAAUAAAACACUUCGCCUCGAUAACUCUCAUUAA